AUGUGCGAUUUCGAGGUGCGAGUUCUUGGCAACAAACACCGUCAUUCCGUACAAUGUGUGCUGAUGAUCAACAUGUUCAACGAGAAGGUAUACUUGUUCAUCUGGUUCUGGCUUUUCGGUGUUCUCAUCUACAACAUCGGCAACUUCAUCUAUUGGUGCACGUUGCUCCUGUCAGAGGAGAGGCGUGAGAACUUCGUCGGCUCAUAUCUCAAGCUGCUCGGGCUCGUCAACGAUGAAGAUAUGUCAAGUGAGUGA